AUGACGCAGCGGAGGGAAGAGAAGGGACGGUACCGUGGCAGGACACGCGGUAGCGCGAAGGGCGCUGGCAGGUAUCGUUGGAAAUUGGCGCUUUUGGCUUCCGUGUGUCUCUGUCUUGUGGUGUAUCUUCUGCAGGGUGAAGAUGACGCCAUUGCGUCUGUCAUUUUGGCGAAUGACACACAGGACCUUCUUUCUGCGCUGAGGUUGGCGAGGGAGAAGACAAGCGUCAACAGCAUCCACACCGUCACGGAUUGUAUGAUGCGGGUUGGUUUGACGCUGGAUGGCAUGUUGGCCACUGCAGACGAUAAAUCAACAGCAACAGCCACUCAAAAAAUUAUGACGCAUACCGUGGAAACUUAUCGACUGGCAACAGCGUUUGUUUUGGAAAUACUUUCCCCCUUGCUCCAGGAGAAGCCAAGGGAUGUCGUGCUACAGAACUAUCGCGCCGAGCCAAAGUUUCUGUGGCGCUGGAUAGCUGUUGCUGCCUACGCCUUGACGACCGUUUUGCCUGAGUACUUUCUUGCUCUGGACGACACAGAGACCCACGGUGAGGUUCUGGUGAUGGGACUGCACGUGUUAUUGCAUGCAUCAAAUGCGGCUUCCUCGUCGUAUUUUUCUCCUUUAUUGCCAACUGAACGUGCGGCCCUUGUUGAUUGCAUCCAUUACGAGAAGAAUCCCCGCUGGGAAAAGUUUUGCAGCAGUGGGUUUUCAAACCUCCAUGGCCUGGAAGUUCGCCGCGCUGCCAUUCUUGAGGAACUUAUUGCACUUUACCCGGAAUAUGCCCCAUUGCGACUUCAUUAUGUUGUCGCACUCUCCCUGGGACGUCAUGCUGCAAAGA